AUGAAUCACCCCAUCGAAUCUGAGCUUCAAGCCCAAAUUCGAUAUAAGAAACCCGGGGAUCCAGAGCCAGACGCAGAGCGAUUGGUGAAGGAAACGCACAAGGACACCAUUUUCUCAGACAAACAGUUCUGGGAUGGAGCAAGUGUCAAGCAAGUUCGCCAACAUUUUUUCAAGCACCUUUGUGCAAGCAAAGGCCAAGGGACCGGUCGAUUCAAAGGCUGCCUUCUCAUUGAUAAGCGGUCAGUGAAGUCAAUAAUUGCCAGUCCCGACCCCCAGCCCUGGCUCGGGAGGAGAAGGUCCAAGAAGCCUAGUUAUCCGUGGGGAUUUGUUGGUAUGAUCGAUGGGCGGUAUCCUGAGAAUGGGAGCUCUGCCCCUCGGUUUCUGAUGGAUUGA